UGAUGUGGGCGGGGCCGGCGCUCGGGAUGGACGCGGUUCUGCUCGCCGCCGUUGCCGUGCUGCUCGCCGUCCUUCUUUUCUUCACCACCCGCCUCCGCGGCCAAGCUAGGGCAGCUGAUGAGGAUGAGCAGCAGCAGCAUGUGGCAGCAGGGGCAGGGGCCAGGCCCCGGGCCCAGGAGGAGCAGCGGGCAGAGGGGAUGCCCCGGCGCCGCAGGAACAUGGGCACCAGGCUGAUGGCACAGAGGAGGGCCCAGCAGGCAGAGCAGGGGCUGGAAGAGGAAGAGGAUGCUGAGGAGGUGCCAGAAUUUCAGGUGUCUGGGAAAAUUGGAGCGAAGAAGCAGAGGAAAUUAGAAGAGAAACAAGCCAGGAGAGCACAGAGAGAGGCUGAAGAAGCAGAGAGAGAGGAAAGGAGAAAACUCGAGUCCAAAAGAGAGGAGGAGAGGAGGAAAGAAGAGGAGAGGAUUCGUCAGGAGGAGGAACGACAGGAAGAGGAAAAAAGGAAGGCAAAGGAAGAGGAGGAGAAGAGAGAAUAUGAAGAGUACCUGAAGCUGAAGGAGAGUUUUGUGGUUGAAGAGGAAGGGGUUGAAGAGUCAAUGACAGAGGAGCAGUCUCGCAGCUUUCUCAUGGAAUUCCUGGAAUAUGUUAAGAAAACAAAAGUUAUCCAGCUGGAGGACAUGGCUUCACAUCUGGGUUUAAGGACACAGGAUGCAAUUAACAGAAUCCAGGACCUGAUGGCAGAUGGCACCCUGACAGGUGUGAUUGAUGACAGGGGAAAGUUCAUCUACAUCACAGCAGAGGAGAUGGCAGCCGUGGCGCAGUACAUCAAGCAGCGAGGCCGAGUGUCCAUUGCAGAGCUGGCCCAGGCCAGCAACUCCCUCAUCAACCUCCAGCCUGACAGCAGAGCUGUGGCUCCCACCCUGGCCUGAGACACACACACUGCAGGAGUUGAAGCUCUUAACGAGUAAAGCACAUAAUUAAAGCCAAAUGAGAAGCUCCCAGGGCCAUUGGGGGUGCCUGAAGGUAGGAGGAUGUUCUUCUGAAGCACCAGCUGCAAACUCAAAGGUUUUGCUUUUCCUUCUGUUAGAACUGCUGUUAAAUAGUAAAAAAUGAUUGUACAAGAGGCUGGCCAGGAGGUCAAACCCUGGUGCACCUGUAGCCAAAAAGAUCAGUAAUUUAUCCCCUGGCAGCCAGUCUCAUGUUGCUAUAAACAAAUUUAUUGUUGUUUGCAGAUUCUGAUGUCUGUAUCAAAUUAUUUGGGAUUGUUUGCAUUUAGGAUUCUCCAGGCUUGCUCUGCACUGUGGCGCUGUUUAACUUUGUGAUGGACACAGGUUUGUUUGCAUUCAGGAUUCUCCAGGCUUGCUCUGCACUGUGGAGCUGUUUAACUUUGUGAUGGACACAGGUUUGUUUGCAUUCAGGAUUCUCCAGGCUUGCUCUGCACUGUGGAGCUGUUUAACUUUGUGAUGGACACAGCAUGGGCUGCUGUACCCAGAUUGGAAGGAAAGAGUAAAAAAAAAAAAAAUACUAAAAGUGUGUCUUUGUUCUUGCAGAAAUAUAUCCUGAAACCCUGGAGAGAAUGGUUGCUCUGUUCAAAAUUCCAGGGGCUAUUUCAGGAACCCUUUGCUAUAUAAAUAUGUUUUCCUUGGUUUAUGUAACAUGAGAAGUUUGCUUGCUGACAAGCUGCAUCAUUUCCCUGUGGCCAAGAGACAGAAACCCCUCCAGGGAAGGGCUGAGUGGGCUCAUUUAUUUAUUUAUUGUGCAGGCCAGUGCUGCUGAUACCAGCCAGAUCUUGGUGAUUCAUCCUUUGAAGUCAGAGCCAGCUCAGAAGGCCUCAGACACCCCCACCCCUUGGCCUCUGUGUGCUGCAGGUCUGGGGGUUUUUAAAUAAAAACUUCAGACACUCUGAGUCAUGCAAUUAAUGUUCCAAGUUAAUGACUAUUAGUGCGUUAAUUGUAUGGGUCAGUGUAUUUCCUGCAUAAGAAUAUUUAUUUUUUCAAUCAUUCAUUUAUUCUCCUGUCUAAAAUCAGCAGAAUUUAUGUGGAUGAACAGUAACUGGGGAGGACAAGAGGUUUUGUCCCUGCCAAAUUUAGAGGUAACUUGAGCAGACUAAAAGCCACCUUAUCAGUGGGAUGAGACAGCAAUAAAACAAUGGAAGGAAACAUUUCCUUUUCAUUUCUGCCCUGCUGCUGGGUGUCAGAGUGCAGGAGAGUGGAGUUCCACCAGCACCACGUGUUGGUGUGAAAGAUCAGCACAUCCUGAGUGCUCUGCAACCACAGCCAGAAAAGGGGUUAUUUAGCAUUUGAGGUUUGUAAAGUCUCUUUCUUAAGGAUUGCCUAUUAAAUUUUUAAAAAUUAUUUGGGUUUGCCAUUAUUUUUUGUUCUGUCUUAAACUAUUCUUGUAAUAAAAUUGACAAUAUUGAAAGAA